UUAGCUUGACAUUUGCAUGGUACGUACAAUUCUCUGGCGUUGUAAACCCUAAAACUGGCUUUGUAGCUUGAGAGUGGAGAGAGGCUCUUUAAAGAUCAGAGAGAGUGUGUGUCAGGCAUAUAUACCUGCAACCAUAUUCAAAGAGGCUUUCUGAAGGGUGGGUCGUCUUCUUGUAAUGGAGAGGAAGAGAUCAAAUGCUAACAGGUUAAUGAACAAAAUCAAUCUUUAUUCCAGAGUUCCCUUAUUUUUCUUCAUGCUAUCACUGAUCUUCAGCAGCACAACUACUGGCACCACCAAUGCAUGUUUAGAUGCAAUCAAAUGUCUCAUGUUUGCCAAAGGAGAUACAGAUCAUCAGAAAUAUGAGGGGAGAAUUGAACAUGACAUGGUGUUUGAAGGCAAAACAAAAGUUUCUCUAGAUUGGGAAAGGAGGUUCCUAGGUGGACCGGGGUCAUCCCCACCACAAUGCACCUCUAAAUGUGGCAAAUGUACACCCUGCAGGCCGGUCCAUGUGACAGUGCCGCCGGGUACUCCGGUGACCGCAGAGUACUACCCUGAAGCAUGGAGGUGCAAGUGUGGAAACAAGCUGAGCAUGCCUUGAAUUUCUCUGUGAAUUUAGUUUUUGUAAAGUGAGUAGAGAUAAAGUAAGUAAUUUUAGUCGUUGACAGGAAAAUCAAUGGUUAAUAUUUCAACACAUCUGUACCUUAUUUUGCAUAUGUGUGUAAUGUUGACUAUUAAUAUUGCCAUCAACGUUUGAAAUUAUUUACUUUCACUUUAAAGGAAAUUGUUCACUUCAGAGGAGUGAAUCUUGUUGUCUAUAUAUCAUAGCAUAUGAUAUAUGAUGAUUAUGCAUUUUUGUUUAGCCUGAUGCAUGUGACUAUGUAGAGACUCCUCUU